UCUAGAUACAACGACUCCUCUCUCUCUCUCAUCUAUUUUCUCUCCAAACUCCUCCAUUCACUCUCUCUCUCGCUCUCUCUCCUCUAUUCUCGCUCUCUCUCCUCUAUUCUCACUCUAUCUCUCCAAACUCCUUUCCACUAUGACAGAAGGGACAAUGGAACUGGGUGACGUUGGGACAUCCCUGAUGGCAUCAGACUCUAAGAAAGCACCGGUCAAGCCUCCCAACAAGUUUGAGCGCCUGGUCCAGCCGUGUCUGGCUGAGCUGGUGGGGACCAUGUUCUUUGUGUUCAUCGGCUGUGUGUCGGUCAUAGAGAACGUGGAGGCAGCAGGGAGGCUGCAGCCAGCUCUGGUCCAUGGUCUGGCCGUGGCAGUCAUGGUGGCUUGCAUGGCAGAGAUCAGCGGCUCCCAUUUUAACCCACCGUUUACCAUUGCUAUCUACCUGUGUGGAGGCAUGAAGCUGAAUAUGGUGGGGCCCUACCUCAUCAGUCAGCUCAUAGGGGGUGUGCUAGGUGCUUCUAUGUCAAAGCUGAUGACCACAACAGAGAACUACUCCAAGGCCCAGGGGGCAGCGUUUGCCCUGCUGCAAUCACAAGAUCAGCUGUGGGGGGCUCUGUUUGGGGAGAUAGCCAUGACCUGCCUGGUCACCAUGGUGGUGCUGCUGGGUGCGGUCAACGCCAAGAGUAGCAGCCCCAUGGUGCCCUUCAUGGUGGGCUGCACUGUCAUCAUCAACAUCCUGGCUGGUGGAGAUGUGUCUGGAACCUGUCUGAACCCAGCCAGAGCCCUGGGUCCUGCUAUAGUGGCCAACUACUGGACCUACCACUGGGUUUACUGGGUAGGACCUAUCACUGGUGGACUGGUGGCUGCUGCACUGGUUAGACUACUGCUUGGAGACCGGAAGACACGUAUUCUCAUGAAGUAAUACCAUAUAUCGAGUUGACAGGUCUGAGAUUACCGCUGUUGUUACAUGCAGUACCAGUCAAAAGUUUGGACACACCUACUCAUUCAAGGGUUUGUCUUUAUUUUUACUAUUUUCUACAUUGUUGAAUAAUAGUGAAGACAUCUAAACUAUGUGGUGACACUGUCAAUGAUUUAUUUAGAAUUAACACUUUUUUGGUUACUACAUGAUUCCAUAUGUGUUAUUUCAUAGUUUUGAUGUCUUCACUAUUAUUCUACAAUGUAGAAAAAAAUACAAAUAAAGAGAAAUCCUUAAAUGAGCAUGUGUGUCCAAACGUUUGACUGGUACUGUAUAUUAUCACCAUUGUUGUUGAAUAUAUUAUCACCAUAAUUGUUAUAUUAUCACCAUUGUUGUUGUUAUAUUAUCAUCAUUAUUGUUAUAUUAUCACCAUUGUUGUUGUUAUAUUAUCACCACUGUUGUUGUUAUAUUAUCACCGUUGUUAUAUUAUCACCACUGUUGUUGUUAUAUUAUCAUCAUUGUUGUUGAAUAUAUUAUCAUCAUUAUUGUUAUAUUAUCACCAUUGUUGUUGCUAUAUUAUCAUCAUUAUUGUUAUAUUAUCACCAUUGUUGUUGAAUAUAUUAUCACCAUUAUUGUUAUAUUAUCACCAUUGUUGUUGAAUAUAUUAUCACCAUUAUUGUUAAAUUAUCACCUUUUUUGUUUUCCCAGUAUAUUUUGGGGACACUAUUUCCUGUGACUAUUUGAGAUUAAAAGCUUUUUAUUAACAAA